AUGCAAUCCGGGGAUAAGCUACUCUACUCAGGUCGGGAAGAAAACGAUAUCCAUAGCGAUGGAGUUGCAAUUCUCCUAAGUCGUAACGCGUAUAAAGCUCUUAUUAGCUGGGAUCCAACAAAUGAACGUAUAAUAACGGCAAGAUUUCACUCCAGGAUACACAACAUUACCAUUGCUCAAGUGUACGCCCCUACCGAAACCACAUCAGUAGAUAUAAAGUCACAAUUUUAUAGUGAGCUAGACAAAGUCCUUUCAAAAACACCUAAAGGAGACAUACUAAUAUGUAUGGGAGAUUUUAAUGCGAAAGUGGGAAAAGAUAAAACCUCCUACGAACAUGCAAUGGGUAAACAUGGAGUAGACACGCGUAACGUUAACGGAGAACUCUUUUUAGAAACAUGUAGCCGACAUGGUCUCGUAGUAGGAGGAACACUAUUUAAACAUAAACUUAGCCAUAAAACGACAUGGGUCUCUCCAAAUAGGAGGACUGAAAAUCAAAUUGACCAUUUCUGCAUAAGCCGUAAAUGGAAACAUAACCUCUGCGAUGUUAGAGUAAAACGUAGCGCCGAUAUCGGAUCUGAUCAUCACUUGGUUGUCGCUGUCUUGCAGAUGAAAGUCUGUGCCAUCCGUAAUGUUCAUCCACAGCUGUCGACACGUAAGUUUGAAGUCGCAAAACUAAAGACACCCAGCUAUCUACAUGCGGUAGAAAACGAUUUUAACAGAUUAAUAGAUCAGGUAUUCAAUCCAAAUGAUGGAGUGGAACAACGUUGGAAUCAAAUAAAAGAGAAUCUCUUACGAACAUGUGAACAAAUACUGGGACAAGACCCCAAGGGAAGAAAGGAGUGGAUGAGCUCCCAAACUUGGUCCUUAAUCGAGGAAAGACGAUCUUUGAUAUUAUCAAAGAACAAUGAAAAGUCGAUUAGUAAACGCAUUGAACUAGACAAUGCAUAUUCAAUAAAGAAUAUGGAAGUAAGGAGAGCUUGUAGGAGAGACAAAAGGAUAUUUACCGAUGAACUUGCGACCCAAGCAAACGAUGCCGCGAGCAAAAAUGAUACUAAAACUGUUUAUGCGAUAACGAGAAGAUUAACUGGUAGACAUAAACCAACUGACCGCCCCAUCAAAUCCAAGGAUGGAACUCUACUAACAAACGUAGAUGAACAAUUAAUACGAUGGAAAAUGCACUUUAUGGAAACCAUCGACAAUAGCAUACCUUAUCCUGGACCAUCAAAUGACAUGUCCGCUUCAACAUUAGUUCAGCUUAACACCAGCGCUCCAUCUCCGUCUGAAAUAGAGACCGCCAUUAAAAAACUAAAAAACAAAAAAUCGCCAGGUUUUGACCGUAUUCCACCUGAAAUUAUACGAUAUUUCAUCCACUAUUCGAGAAAAUUUGGUACGAAGAAAAAUUACCCGACGACUGGCUUCAAGGAAUCCUUGUAA